AUGAGUUACUAACUGUAAAAAACCUUUGGCUAUCAGGGACGCCAUGAUACCGUGUAUCUUACUGGCACUGGGAGGAAAUCUCAUUAACGGACCAGGAAGUUCAAAACUUGGUUUCAAGACUACAGCGGCUAUUAUAUUUGGACGGUUGGUGUUGGUGCCACCAGUAGGACUAGGAAUAGUGACACUAGCAGACAAACUUGGAUUCCUUCCUGCUGAGGACAAGAUGUUCCGAUUUGUGCUACUCCUUCAACACACAAUGCCUACAUCAGUGCUUUCAGGAGCUGUUGCGAACCUUAGAGGCUGUGGAAGGGAGUCAGCUGCUGUGCUUUUCUGGGUUCACAUUUUCGCCAUCUUCUCAAUGGCUGGAUGGAUGGUACUGUACAUCAACAUACUCUUCUGAAUUCUUUCUUAUUGACACAUUGAUCUGGCUACUAUACAAGUCCAGGGGCGUCUCAUAUGUGCCUGAACAAAUCCAAAGUUUUUUUUUUCCUUUUCUUUUUGUCAGCAUCAAAGUUAUUUUAUUUAAUUCCUGUGUAAAUGUAACUUCUAUCAACUGAUGCCUGAUGGGACUACCUUUUUUUUCUCUGGAUAUAUCAAAUAAUAUUUUUUUGAAACA